AUGGGCAGCAGCUCGUCGAAGACGAAGACACCCGCCCACGCCCGCAACGCCAGUAGUCAAUCGCAGACACAAGGCCUGCAAUCCGCCCAGUCUGCUUCCGUCCCCACCUCGACUCCGCCUCCUCCGCAAGCACAACUCCUCUCUCACCGCGCCGGCCUGGCCCAUGCCCACCGCGUCCCGCGCACAACCAGACCCGACCUCCCCUUCCUCGGCCUCGUGGGCCAGCGCGAGAAUGCCACCCCCGACAAGCCGCGGGAGACGAGGCAGGAGCGGGAGGCGCGGAAGUUGGAGAAGGAGCGCCAGGCGAGGCUGAAAGAGCGGGAGCGGAGUAUGCGCGAGGAGAGCGUGGAUGGCGGGUAUCUUGUCACCGUCGGUGUCUACACGGGCGUGGAAGACUUUAGCAAGCCGACAGUGCGGCAGUUGCAGAUCGAACGACGUCUAGCUCCUUUCUGGCGUGGUCUCAAUGACCAUUCCGACUCCUGGACAGAAGCACAGCUCGUGGCGGCAGCGCGUGGACUCCCUAUCCCCGCUCCCGACGAGAUCCCGCCUGAGAUGAGCCGGACAGCUUCCCAGGCAUCUUCCAUCCAAAAGGCCUCCACACCAAAUCUGGAUUCUUCGACUCUUCCCAUCUCAUCACGUUCGCAAUCCCACGAAUCCGUCCAAUCCGGCACUCCUUCACCGUCUCGUCUCGCCUUUUCCUCCUCUGUGCCAUUGUCGGGCGCGAGCCCCUCUUCUUCCACUGCUCAAUUACUACGUGGGCGAGCAAAGACACUCGCUUCACUGGCGACAGGCUCGAAAAGCCACUCUCCAGACAUCACUCCCCAAGAGAUCCAUCUCCCCAAAGACCCAUACGUGAAUGGGCAACCCGUUGAAGCAUAUCUCUACAAAGACGCAUCCGAGUGUCCCAUCUGCUUCAUGUACUACCCUCCUUACCUCAACAAGACUCGAUGCUGCGAUCAACCCAUCUGCUCCGAAUGCUUCGUACAGAUCAAACGCCCCGAUCCACAUCCGCCAGAACACGAGCAGCCCGGCCAGCAACGACCACCAGAAGAAGAGGCGGAAUUGCUCGUCUCAGAGGUCGCUGCGUGUCCCUUCUGCGUCACACCCGAAUUCGGCAUAACCUACGAACCGCCGCCCUUCCGCCGCGGCCUAGCGUAUGCGAAGCAACUCAACGGCAGUCCCUUCGCCAAUCCCACCUCCGCCAUGUCAUCGACGACCUCCCUCAACGCGACCGGACGACGCCGGACCAUCUCGAUAUCAGCGAAUGCGCCGCAAGUCAUCACCACCGAUCGCGUACGACCCGACUGGGCCAAGAAGCUGGCCGAUGCGCGCGCGCACGUGCUUCGGAGAUCGGCGGCUGCUACUGCUUUGCAUAACGCGGCCUAUGUCCUGGGAAGCCCGGAGAAUGCGCAGAUGCGGAAUGCGCUGGCCGGUUUCCGACGUCGGAGAACGCUGGAGAGUCAUGGCGUGGGUGCGCGAAUUACCCCGGGUGGCGUCUUGCUUUCUCCGUAUGCACACCCUACGCGAAUCGGUAGCACUGAUGGCGAGGAGGGCGGCAACGACAUGUAUGCUGCUCGCGGAAGCUCUCGCCGGAGUCGGGUCGAUGCGCUGGAGGAUCUCAUGAUGAUGGAAGCCAUCCGACAAUCUCUCGCUGCAGAGGACGAGCGGAAACGCAGAGAGGAGAAGGACGCGAAGAAAGAUGCGAAAAAGAAAGCAAAGGAGGACAAGAAGGAGGCGAAGCAGGCGUCGAAACUGCGGAAGAAGAGCGGCGCCAGCUCCAUGCCGCUCUACCAGGCCGAGACGAACGACAGCUCGAGUUCCGGCGCGAGCAUGAGUCGCGAAAACAGUACCAUGGGCGGCAUCCCCGAAGAGGAACAGCAGGUGGAAGGCAAGGGCAAAGCGCCCGUGCUGGACUUUGCCGGCUUCAAUCCACUGACUGAGCCGACGUCCACACUCAACACCGAAAUGCGGGAAACAGAUCACCCUUCUCCGUUGUCGGACGAUAGCAAGAAAGACAUUGUAGCCCAAGACGCGCAGCGUCAUCUAGAGGAAUCGCGCGCUAACCUCCAGCCCACCGCGCGCCACACCAUCCCCGACCCCAGGGAUGGCCGACCGGCUUCACAUCUGCGACAGACAUCCGAAACACACUCCUUCUCCUCUUCCAUUGGCGACCAGCAGCCCUCUCCAGGUUCGGGCCCCAGCAGUCUCCGAGCGGAAUCCUCAUUCCCCUUACCUGUAGCAAGCAGCAGUGGACCCGACCCAUCAAGUACAGCACCACAGCAAGACCCCACCACCACCACCCCGCCAUUAGAACCCAUGCCCAACUUCCGCUCCCUCACAGCAAUGAUGGAAGACGAAAGCAACAAAGCGUCCUCCUCCCAAAAGCCAGAAAAUACAAGCUCAUCUCCCCUUCGCCCGCCGCCUCCGACUCUUUCCUCCUCAGAAGGAGGCAGUAGUUUCGGCGCCGACGACCGCAAUGACUCCGCCAAUCGCAGCCGCGGCGAUUCGGGGAAUUCGAGCAGUAGUAGUGUGUCUCCGCCGGGGGCGGGAGGACAUGAGGUUAGCGGUGGCGGCGGCGGCGUUGUUGGCGAGAGCAAGGGUGUGGAAGUUUUGGAGAGGAUGCAGGAGGCUUGA